AUGAGGUCUCCGGGGAGCCUUCUGACAAGGUUCUCUACUGGCACAACGGAGAGCCUCCCUUCUGGUGCGCGCUGUGCGGGGAACGCUUUGGCCGCAGCUCAUGACUACUCGUGCACCAGCGCGUCCACACGGGCGAGCAGCCCUACCGUUGCAGCGUGCCGCAGGUGUUUCUGUCUUGCCCAGUGUCUGGUCAAGCACUGGCGCAUCCACAAUGGCGAGAGGCCCUACAAGGGCGGGGAUUGUACUAAGUGUUUCAGCCAGCGCGCCAACCUCGUUCCGCACGGGCGGGUCCACGUGGGCGAGAAGCCCUGCAAGUGGCGGGAUUGCGCGCGGAGCUUCAGCCGGAGCUCGCGGCUCAUCCCGCACCAGAGGGCGCACGCGGGUGAGCGUCCAGGUGGCUGGGGACGGCUGCGACAAGAGCCUCAGCAGAUGCUCGCGCACCGCAGGGUCCACUUGGGCGAGAAGCCCUAA